UGGAAUAGCCCAGAAAACUCCUCACCCCGACACUACCUCGAAUCUUGAGUCCUUACAGAUCCUCCGAAGAAGUCGUACACUCACUCCCAUAUCUCGAGGAUUCCGAGAUAAUAAGAAUCAAAUCAAAGAAAAACAGAAACAAAAGUCAGCAAACGAAUAGAACCUUUAAACUUUGUUUCUUCCGUCAGGCUGUUGUUGGGCUGGAUGAACACAAGAAAUUAGGAGAUUUUGUGCUUGUGGGAAUGUUGAUGUUAUUGGGUAUGUCAGUAAUUGAAAGGUUUUGGGUGAUAAAGAGGGGGAAUUGAUUGGUUUCAGGAGGGAAUUGAGGCGGGAUUUGCGUGUUUAUUGAAUUGUUUAUGAGGGUUCUUCAAAUGUUUGAUAAUUGGGGAAAGUUUAUAUGUGUAGUGGUAGACACUGGGAAAUGGGAAUCUUGGAAUUGACUUACUGAAUUAUAGCUACUGGAAGUGACUGUCCCAGGCUGUUGCUUAGCUGGGUGUUAUUUCUGGAAUCUAUUAGAAGGUUUGACAUUUUAUUGAUUCUAACUUGAAGUUUCAUUGGGGUUUUGAGAACACAAAAAGAACCCCAGAUCAGUGUUGUUUAAUUCUGGGAGUGAAUAGAAGCUGGUGUUGAUGAUUGAUCUUACUGCAAUGUGAAAUUGGUUUGGUUGGUGCAUAUAAGCAGGUUAAGAAAUGGUUUCAAGAAUUCCUGGCUGGGCUGCAUAUGCUGAUUGUGAUGGUGUGCUUUCAGGUUUAAUCUUGGAGUUUAUAGUUUGAGGCCUGGAUUGUAUUGAAGGGACUUCAUGUUAGGAAGCUAUAACUGGCAAAGGCGCAACUUUAUUUCUUCAGAGACCGCCACACAUUUUCGAGACGUUGGGUGUUGGACUUGAUUUUUACCCUUGACCGACCUCUGCCCAACAAUCCCUCAGCCAUCAGGGGCUAGACUUGGCCUUUAUCGGCCUCUGCUCAACACUUCAAGUUCACCAUACAAUGGAUGAUGCUUGUUAUAGCGCCAAUGCGUUGCCUCCUUUCCUUGCGAAGACGUAUGAAAUGGUGGAUGAUCCCUCCACUGACCCCAUUGUAUCCUGGAGUCAGAACAACAAGAGCUUCAUUGUCAAGAACCCACAGGAAUUUUGCAGGGAUUUGUUGCCUAAAUACUUCAAACACAGCAACUUCUCGAGUUUUAUCAGACAGCUGAAUACUUAUGGAUUCAAGAAAGUUGAUCCCGAGCAAUGGGAAUUUUCGAAUGAGGACUUUGUUAGAGGUCACCCUCACCGUUUGAAGAACAUCCAUAGGCGCAAGCCAGUUCACAGUCAUUCCGCGAAGAAUCUUCAUUCUUCUGCAUUGAAUGAAUCCGAAAGGCGAGGGUACAAGGAUGAUAUCGAGAAGCUAAAGAGUGAUAAGGAGUCACUUCAGUUGGAACUAAAACGACACGAAGAGGACCAACGAGGAUUUGCGUUCCAAAUGCAAGGGCUGUCUGAACGGGCGCAGCAAGUAGAGCAACGCCACAAGAGCAUGUUAUCCACUUUGUCUCGAAUGUUGGAUAAAUCAGAGCUUGCUAUAGGUCUCGUGCCUCGAUUGGGAUUACCCGAUAGAAAGAGAAGGUUGCCAGGAAACAAUUACAUGGACUAUAAUCAAGAAAGCUCUUCACAAAUUUCGACUAGAGAAAAUUCGGUUUCAACUUCUUUUGUAAAUGGAGAAUGGUUAGAUCAGUUGGAGUCUUCUGUGAUCUUCUGGGAGAAUACGUUACAAGCUGUUUGUCAAACCGGGAUCCAACUGAAUUCAGCACUAGAAGUGGACGAAUCUACAAGUUGUGCUGGUAGCCCAUCCACACAGCUAAGCAGGGAAAUUGGAGCUAACACUUCUAGAAUUGAUGUCAAUUCAGAGCCUAAUGCUCCCAAAAUUCCCACGAAAGAGCAAGCAGAAACAAAUGUGCCAACCCGAGUAAACGAUGUGUUCUGGGAGCAGUUUCUUACUGAGAAUCCUGGCUCAACUGAUCCACUGGAGGUACAGUCAGAAAGGAAAGAUUAUGAUGGCAAAAAAAGUGAAAGAAAACCAGUUGACCUUGCAAAAUUUUGGUGGAACAAGAAUAAUGUAAAUAGCCUUACAGAACAGCCAGGACAUCUUACUCAAGCCGAGAAAACCUGAUUUGGUUGGUUAUGUAAUAUUCUUUUCGGAAACGCAUAUUCUGUUUUAAUUUUCUGCAUCUAUGUGCUGCAUACCAGAGAGAAACUUUUUAAAAUCAGGGAGUAGAUAGAGAUAUUGAAUCAUUAAUACCAUUAUGCUUUUCACAAUGCUUAUAGUUGAUUCUUAUAGGUGAAUAUGUUCUGAAACAGCAUUGCUUAGGAGCUUUGAAAUUCCAUUUGAGAAUGGGGGACUCAAAGUGGUGAAGGUAUUUGCAUUAUCUAGAGAAAUGGGUUCUUGGUGUCAAAGAUGAUGACAUAUAUAUAUAUCGUGCUAAUUUUACGUCUAA